AUGGAUGCAACGGGUACUGAAAUCUCAGUGGCCUGUGCGGGCAUUAUAUGUUAUGUGCUUCUCUUUCGAGACGUUGCACCUCUUUGGCUGGAUGUCUCACUAGGCGGCAUGUCAGCCUUAUACAUUAUUUCAGACGAACCCAAGACUCAUAUUCAGACAUUCGUAUUGCUGUUCGCAUGUCUCAAGCUAUUUUCAAAUAUGAUACUGCUGCCCGUAGCAUGGAUGGCGAAACCUUUUGGGAUGCUGUUUGCGGUGAUCAACACUGUAAUCGAAUCGGGAAUUCUAAUUUUGGUGGUGGUUACAUUUGGAGUAUGUUUCCAUAUAGAAUUCGGAAAUUCAACGGAGACAACGAAUGCCACGGAUACUUUAAGCUUGAAUUUUGAUGCCCUCAUCUCAUCACUCAUGAAGUCAUUUAUAAUGUCAACCGGGGAAUACGAUGCUAGCAGUGCUAAUAUUACAAGUUUAUGGCAAUAUCUUCUAUUAUUUGUGUUUGUCAUCAUCGUGGGAAUUUCGUUAUUUAAUCUUCUAGUCGCGAAGGCCUUGAACGACAUUCAGUUGAUUCAAAACCAAGCGGAAAUAUGUACUGCCAUAUAUCGUAUCAAUAUAGUGAAAACCUAUGAACGUCUGAAUAUCGUAAGGGAUUGGAAUAAAUUAACUCGACUUUGCAAGAAGCCGUCUCAUAAUGUGUUAAACCAUAUAACUAUGCGAAAAUUUAAAUAUCCGCUAAAAAUGACUUUUUACUAUACCAAUAUAAAAGAUUGUAAUAGUAAUAUUGAAGCUAAUGCCACCGAUAAAGGCACGACUGAUCAUUCUAUUGAUUUUGUUAGCCCAAAGAAAAGGUUUUUCGGAUUAAUCAAAAUGCAUAAUCACUUGGACUAUAAUUCGUUUAAACGUGUACUCGAAAUUGCUGAGAAAAAUUCGAAAGAGGAACAACAAACCAAUGAGGAAGAAGAGCAGUAUAAGUAUAUAGAAGGUUUUGGAGAAAAAUUAAAUCAGUUGGAAAUUGCGAUGAAGGAUCAAAUGAACUCCAUACAAAUUAGCUUACAGCAACAUCAGACUGAGACUAUUAAACGUAUAGAAACUAUAUUACAGGAAAUUCGGCACACAAACUAA